AUGCUGGAUCGGUCAACCCUGGAAAAGUCUGGCGUGAAUACGCAAGGUUUCAAGGAUUAUUGCCGUCUUCUUCGACGAGGCGACUAUAUUUCUGUGAAUGGAGGUGAGCCUUACAAAACCCAGAACGGGCAAAUCUCUAUUCGUGCCAUGAGCUUGCCGGCCAUUCAAUCACCCUGUCUACAACGACUCCCGGUUGAACAACGAGGCUCUGCCACGACUGCAAUCGCCGAGUCCAAUUAUCAGCCUCGACACGUUGAAAUGCUGUCAGACCCCGAGAUCGUCGAGACGCUCAAAGUUCGAUCUACACUGACUGCUGCCAUGCGUCGAUUUUUUGAGUCGCGCUCCUUUGUUGAGGUUUCUACCCCGAUUCUGUCUGCGGGCGCUGGUGGCGCGACUGCGAAGCCAUUUGAGACCGCUGCAAUGGAGUUCUCAGAGCGCAAACUCAACCUACGGAUCGCCCCUGAACUUUGGCUCAAGAGGCUUAUCAUCGGAGGGAUGGACAAGGUCUUUGAAAUUGGACCUUGUUUUCGGAACGAAGGGCUCGAUAAAACCCAUAACCCGGAGUUCACGACAUGUGAAUUCUACGCCGUUUCCCAUGACCUACAGCAACUGAUGGAUAUGACGGAACAGCUGCUUGCCAGCAUUAGAGUGGACGUCCAGUCCAAUUUUCAUCCUUUUGGGGAAAGGCCGCUCUUUCAACAACUCCAGGCGGGCUUCCAGGUCCUCGAUUUCAUCCCCUCCCUCAAUUCCGCUCUGGGAAGGGAGCUGCCAAACCUGACUUCGCCAGACGCGCAUUCUUCGCUGCUUUCCAUCUUCAAGUCCAAAAACAUCGCUCUCCCCUCCAAUCCCACCAUUCCUCGGCUCGUCGACAAACUCUCCUCGAUCUACCUCGAGCCACAUUCAUUGGGAGAUUUACUCUGGAUCACAAAUAUCCCGGAAUGUCUCUCGCCGCUAGCAAAGUCGUUCAUCCAUCCCACCGCACCGAACGCACAACCCGUCGCAGCUCGAGCGGAGUUGUUUAUCCAAGGCAAGGAAAUCGUCAAUUGCUACGAGGAAGAAAACUCUCCCUUCGAGCAGAGGCGGAAGUUCAUCGACCAGCAAAGAUACGCUCGCGCUCCAUCCCCCGACACCAGUGACAUGGCGGGGCCUGUGGAGGACAAAGAAGCAAUGAAAGUGGAUGAGGACUAUCUUCGAGCAUUAGAAUGGGGCCUGCCGCCCACAGGAGGCUGGGGAUGCGGGAUUGAUCGACUGGUCAUGCUCUUUGCGGGCCGAGAGAGGAUUGGCGAUGUGCUUAGUUUUGGGAAUUUGAGAGCUGUCACCAGAGGUGCGCAGCUUGUGAAUCAAGAGAAGAAGUAG